AUUUCACAUUUCACACUGAGAUUGCAAAAAGGGCAUUCUUUUUUUUAAGGGAAAUAACUUUGAAUUAUUACUUUUAUAAGCCUUCUGUUGGCAUGGUGUUUAUAAUCUAAUAUUAGUGUUCUCUCCGAGGGGUAAAAGUGAUUAUUUGGCUUCUAAAUAUUGUGUUCUUCAUUGUAGAGAGUAUUAUUUCCCCUUUUGAGUGUUUAUAUAACACUUUUUGUUUUAUAAAAUUAGCUUGACAAAAGUAAGCUGAAGCCAGGAACAAGAGUUGCUUUGGAUAUGACUACACUAACUAUUAUGAGGUAUUUGCCGAGAGAGGUGGACCCACUGGUCUAUAACAUGUCUCAUGAGGACCCUGGGAAUGUUUCCUAUUCUGAGAUUGGAGGACUGUCGGAACAGAUUCGGGAAUUAAGAGAGGUGAUAGAGUUACCUCUUACAAACCCCGAAUUAUUCCAGCGUGUGGGAAUAAUACCUCCAAAAGGCUGUUUGUUAUAUGGACCACCAGGUACAGGAAAAACGCUCUUGGCAAGAGCUGUUGCUAGCCAGCUGGACUGCAAUUUCUUAAAGGUUGUAUCUAGUUCUAUUGUAGACAAGUACAUUGGUGAAAGUGCUCGUUUGAUCAGAGAAAUGUUUAAUUAUGCCAGGGACCAUCAACCAUGCAUCAUUUUUAUGGAUGAAAUAGACGCUAUUGGUGGUCGUCGGUUUUCUGAGGGUACCUCAGCUGAUAGAGAGAUUCAGAGAACUUUAAUGGAGUUACUGAAUCAAAUGGAUGGAUUUGAUACUCUACAUAGAGUUAAAAUGAUCAUGGCUACAAACAGGCCAGAUACACUGGAUCCUGCUUUGCUUCGUCCAGGAAGAUUAGAUAGAAAAAUACAUAUUGAUUUACCAAAUGAACAAGCAAGAUUAGAUAUAUUGAAAAUCCAUGCAGGUCCCAUUACAAAGCAUGGUGAAAUAGAUUAUGAAGCAAUUGUGAAGCUUUCAGAUGGCUUUAAUGGAGCAGACCUGAGAAAUGUUUGCACUGAAGCAGGUAUGUUUGCAAUUCGUGCUGAUCAUGAUUUUGUAGUACAGGAAGACUUCAUGAAAGCAGUCAGAAAAGUGGCUGAUUCUAAGAAGCUAGAGUCUAAAUUGGACUACAAACCUGUGUAAUUUACUGGAAGGAUUUUUGAUGGCUGCAUGACAGAUCCUGGCUUAAUGUAAAAAUAAAGUUAAGGAAAAUAAUGUGUGUAUUGGCAAUGAUCUCAUUAAAAGCUUCUGAAUAAAAAUAUGUAUGGAUAACAUUGUAAAAAUUAGUUAAUUCAGUAAUUCUACUUUUAAGAUUGGUACGGAAGAAAUUUGUAUGUUUGUUAACAUUGCAUUUAUUGCAGCAAAAGUUCUAAGAGUAUGUCAACGCUUUUCGUAUUUGCCGUGUGAGCAUUUUGUAAAACAUUGAAAGUAGUUUGAAAUCGUAGUACAAGAAAGCAUUUCUUAUGACUUAUUUUAUAUCAUUUGUUUUCCUCAUCCUAAAAAGUUGAAUAAAAUCUGUUUUAGUUCUCCUGCAUAUAUUUUUGUCUUUUUUAAGAGUACAUUUAUGAUGGUCCUUUUAGUAAAUAAACUAUUUAAUAACCAAAAUGAGUUCUAUUUAGAUUACAGGCUUUUGAAUUUUAAAACUCUAUACAUUCAGUGUUCAUAAGAGUGUCUUGUUAUAUAAAGCAUAGAUGUGUAUGUCUAUAUGGAUAAUGGAAGGUCUUUAUUUACUCUUCCUAUUUUAAUCUGUAAUUAUGAUAGUGUGAUAGACUGUGUGAUAGUUAAUUGAAAUAGUACAUGCAUGUCCAUAGCCUUUUUUUUAGAUUAUGAUUAAAAGUAAUAUUUGCUAACAAA